UUUCUAUUGGCCCCGCACCAACACCGGGAUGAUACCGCACUGAAGUUACUUUUUCAUUUCGUCACCUUUCUUGGGUGACAAAAUUCUGAAAUUUUGAUAAUAAUUUGACCCCCCUUCUUUCUAGUCAACAUGUUUUUCAACACCCCACCCCGAGAUGACCCCAACGCCCCGAAGAAGGUCACAUUAUCAGCAGAAGAGUUCAAAACGGCAAUGCUACGACUUAUCAGCUCAGAACCAAAGUUGCGGCAAGGCGUCGUUAUUCCUCGAACGUAUGGAUCUGUCGUUAUCAAAACGAGGGAGGAGAAAAUGAUAGAGGCCAUUUUUGAAAGCUGUGCUUUCAAAUGUGCCAUGAGCUGUGUUUUGGGCUACGCCUUUGGUGGUGUUAUCGGCCUGUUCUCCGCCUCCGUCAACCCCACAAUUACCGGCGCAGAUGCAAAACAACAAACUGCACGGGAAGUGUUUCGCGACAUGAGGACGACGACGAUGAGCCAUGCGAAAAAUUUCGCCAUCGUAGGUGCAAUGUUCGCUUCGACGGAGUGUGUAAUUGAAUCUUAUCGUGGGAAAAGUGAUUGGAAAAAUGGAACGAGUGCAGGUGCAAUUACGGGAGGGUUAAUUGGUUUAAGAGCCGGGAUUAAAGCGGGUCUUAUCGGUGCUGCCGGAUUUGCUGCGUUUUCCUCCGCUAUUGACUAUUACAUGAGACAAAGAUAAUAUUUUAUAUUGAGAGUAGUAAUCUUUUGUAUUUAUCGCCGUGUAGUUUAUAAAUAUUAAAAAUAAUUAUUGUGACUAAGUUCAAUUAAUAUUUAGUGUUUUGUAAGCUAUGCAAAAUGAUAAAUGAGUACUUUUUAGAUAAUUAAAUGAACCGUAUAAUUAAAUCUCUUGUAUAAUAUAAUUUGUCACAGUUAUUAUCAUUUCAAAAAUUAUAAUUAACCAAGUUUUUCUUGUCAAAUAAUCAAAAGUUACUUGUGCUCUCCACAUUUUAUGAUUUUUCAUUUCCAUGGAUACGGAGAUCAAAAUUCAUCACCACCAGCUGCUGUGUGCCACUAAAAAGCUCAUUCUUUCCAAAAAUUCGGAUCGUCAACAUCCUCUCCGCCACUGCUCUCGGAAAUCAAUUUUGAAUCUUGAAAGUUUUCAAAAUGUACCACUCCGUGAAAUUAUACUACCCACUUUUGUGGCUAGCCAUCAUCAUUCUCUCCGCCACCUUUGCUUCUCCGGAACCCGGCCUCCGAUCAAAACCUGAAGAUGAACAAGAACAAUUUGAAGAAGGCGACGACAUCAUCGGCAAACAUGACAAACGAUCCGAGGAAUCUGAACCCGUCGAACUUUUGGAUUUGGAACAACCAACCUCCCCGAAACCUAAGCUCUUACCGGAACCUCGCCCAGGAAAUGAAACCCUUUACAAAACCAAGUGCUCCCACGUAGCUGACUGUAUUUCUGGUGGAUUCGACUGUGUCAACGGAAUUUGCGACUGCACCUUCUACAAUGGAAAACAAUUGAAGUAUCACGUCUCGAUGGGGAAAUGUCUCGCGGUCAAAGGUCACCCCUGCUCUCACAACAUGGCCUGCUACUCCCUCGAGUGUAUUCGAAUCAGUAAGGACUUGGGUGAGCAACCAGUUGGGAUUUGUUCAAAGGGGGGCAAAACCACCCACGGGGGAGCCGGAGUCUUGUUGGGGCUGGUCAACUUUAUUUUAAUUUAAGCAUACUUCUCAUCCCACUAUUCUUCUUAAACUUAUACGUAAUUAAUUUGAAAAUGAAACUAAAACUGUAAAUGCGUCUGUAUCUUGUGUGUUAUCUUUUUAGUAAAUGAAUCAUUGUGAAUACAUAAUGGGGGAUGAAUUAUAUAAGAAGUAAAUAAAGUAUGGAUUUGUUUUUGAUA